AUGCGCGUGAAGACCUCGCGGUCACGAACUGGGUGUCUCCAGUGUCGUAGAAAGCACCAGAAAUGCGACGAGAAACGACCUGUUUGUUCGUUCUGCAAUUUCCGCGGCAUUCAGUGUCACUAUCCCGCAGGAUUCAAAUGGGUGCAACAGACAGAGCCCAUGGUGUCGAGACAUAGACCUCGUGAUAGAGGACCGCCGACGGGGCUGUUAAGCACGUUCUCGGCGCUUUUUGGCGGUGCUAUCAGAUCGACAGAGGAGAGGUCUGCUUGGGAGUAUUAUGUCAGACUGGUAUCGUCGAAUGUUCCAGCCUUAGACUGUCCGGAGAACCCAUAUCGACAGCUCUCCAUUACCGCGCUUACGGCACCCAUCCUCCUCGAGACCAUCAUCUGCAUUGCAGCCGAGCACAUGCUCAAUUUCGGUCUGGGAAGUGAACCCGCCGCCGCGGAACGACAACAACGCAUGCUACGUUCGAUUCGACAGGGAUUGCAGAUGAUCGAAAUGAGCAGUCACGCUCGUUGGCACGACCAUAGACACGAGGCAUGUCUCGCUGCUGUCGUGCUACAGGGCAUCGUUGUCGCCCAGAGACCUGACGGGGUGCUGGAGCCACACGUCAAGUGCGCUUCGUAUCUCAUGCACACAUUGGGUUGUUUCCAAGAAAUCCCCAGCACUCCACUGGCGCGGCUGACGACGCAGCGGUUCGCCAUGGUGGAUCUGAUGCUGGCCAUCUCGCGUCAACGACGGCCGUAUGCGCCACGAUCAUUCAUCCUAUACCAACCCGACGCAGACCGAUGGGACCAAACGGAGCCAUCCUUCCACAAAAUGACCGGGUGUCCGCAGCCGCUGAUGUGUUUCCUGUUGCGCAUCGCCCAUCUCGCGUGCGACGUUGACGAGUGCCUCCGGGAUGACGUCCCUGAACAUGAGGUCCUCAGUCGCGCAUUCGAGCUUGAGAGCGAGCUCUGUGCCUGGGGCCUGCAAUACACGGGGGCCAUCGCCGACGGAUCGUCUCGUCCACUUCUUGAUAUCCUCACCGAGUGUUUCUACUGGACUGCGCACCUCUUACUUGCGCGUCGCGUAUUUCGUGACGCCACGCGGUCACCGCGCAUCCAGCACCUGGCCCAGACGUGCUUCCGACUCAUGGAUCACUUACCAACAGGGUGUGGGCCGGACUCGUCCCUGCCCCAGCCGUUCUAUCUAGCUGCACGGGAGGCCGUCCGCGUCGAGGACAGGGACUGGGUGCGGCGGAAACAUGAGGCCAUGACGGCGUACUACCGAGAGCAACAGCGGAACUCGGCGAUGGAAUUGACGGAGAAGAUCUGGGCGCGAUCAGACGGGCUACGAGGGGUGGAGGUGGAGACGAAUGGGAUGGCGCAGAGUAUUGAAGAUCGGUUUGUUAAGGAGUUGGAUCGGGAGUCGUCUUUGUUUAUUUUUUGA